AUGGCGAUCCGCCAUUUCGCUGCCGCGGCCCUGGUCUUGUGUUACGUGGCUGCCCACGUUUCUGCCACCCCUGGCUGCACCACAAUCGUCUCCGGUGAGACGCCGCUGUUUGGCACGUCCCUCAAGAAGGCCUCUGACAAGUGGGUCGACCAGGUUGCCAAGUGGAAGGCGACCGGCGACCUGACCAAGCUGCAGCUCUUCUACUCGUACUCAUACGGCUGCGUCUUCGGCGUCAAGCCCACUUAUGGGUACGACUCAAAGGACGCUGCGCUCCUGGGUGUGGAGAAGAACCUGCAGGGCACCCACUUGUCCCUGGGCGCCGGCGAGUCGUUUGUUGAGGCGGAAUACAAGGCCGGCGGCAAGUGCCUUGAGUACUUGAAGCUGAAGACCAACAAGGGCCGCACCCUGUCUGUGGGCAAUGAGAAGUCCUCCACAAUGACCAGCACAGUCACAGUCAACCGCCAGGGCGCAUUCCUCGCGUCCUUCAAGGGCUGGGUCGACAAGGACGGCGCGCUGCAGCAGCUGCAGUUUGUGUGGGGCCUGACCGAGUGCGCCCCCGGCCACACGCCCGUGGCCAAGGCGCCCGAGCCCGCGCCCGCACCCGCGCCUGCGCCCGAGCCCGAGCCUGUGGCGGCGCCGGCGCCCGAGGAGUCGCCCACGCCUGCGGAGGCGGAGGCGCCCGCUGCGCCGGCUCCCGAGGAGGCUCCCGCCGAGGCCAAGGACACCCCUGCAGCAGAGGCCGAGCCUGCGCCUGCCGCUGAGGCUGACACCCCUGUGGCGACGCCGGCGGCCGCCCCUGCCACCCCCACCGAGGUCAAGGAUGUGUGCCCCCCGAAGCCCGACAUGUGCGACACUUCCGCCGACGCCGGCGCGCUCAACAGCUGCAAGGCCAAGCACCCCUUCACGACGAACAAGUGCAUCGGCGGUUGCUGUGUGAGCAGCGGCCGCUGCAAGUUCGGCAGCUGCUUCGCCAACGGCCUCGGCAAGGACGUCCCCAUGGGUUGCUUCGGCACCAACGCGCUCCCCAACCCGCUGGCACUGCUGGGCAACCGCUGCGGCCACCUUGCCUGCAAGCUCGCCGUGCCCGGCUGCAAGUCCGCCGUCCUCGGCGGCAACUGCGUGGGCACCGUGGUCGCCGUCCAGGACGUGUCCAAGCUGCACCCCCUGGGCGCCAAGUACAUCGGCCACCCCUGCAUCGAGACCACGCCCACCGCCGGCCUCGUCAACCUGCCCAAGCUCAUCGACCUCGGCCUGCCCGAGCACGAGUAUGCGCUCGCCGGCUGGAAGGUCUGUGACUGCGUCGACGCGCUCACGCUGCCCAAGCUCCCCGACCUUGGGAAGCCCGAGCUGCCGCAGCUGCCCCACCUGCCCGAGUUCAAGCUGCCCCAGUUCCCCAAGAUCCCUGACCUGCCCAAGUUCCCCCACUUCGACCUAUUCGGCCACGCCAAGAACGGCUCCGGCAUCCCCGGCUUCGGCUUCGGCCGCGCCGCGGCCAAGGGCGACGACGCGGGCGGCGACGCGUCGCUCGGCGCGGGCGGCACGUUCACGGCGAUGAAGGACCUCCUGCUCGCCAAGCAGGACACCACCGACCCCUUCGCCGCGUUCAUCGACCCGGCCGCCGGCGCCGCCGCCGAUGCCUCCGCCGCCGCGCCCGCGCUCGAGGCUGGCAGCGCCGAGGCGCCCGCCGCCGACGAGCUCGCGCUGUCCGGCGGCGAGGCCGCUGCCGCGGCGGCGCCAGAGGAUCCCCUUGCCGCGGCGUCGCUCGACGCGCCCGCCGCCGACGCCGCGGGCGAUGCGGCAGCCGCUGCGCCUGAGAGCGGGGAGGCAGAGGGGGCGGUUGCUGGCGAUGCGGCGUCCAGCAGUGGGGCCGCUGAUGAGGGCGCCCCUGCUGAGGCCAUUGCUUAG